AUGCCUUUCCAGACUAGGAAGUAUGAGGACGAAGUCCUUUGCGACGUCGUUCCCGUGCAAGCUUCUCAUAUUUUGUUGGGACGGCUAUGGCAAUAUGACAAGAAGACCACUCAUGAUGGCUUUACCAACAAGUACUCCUUCUUGCACCACAACAAGAAGAUGACACUUGUUCCUCUCACACCUCAGCAGGUGCAUGAAGAUCAACUGCGGUUGCAACAGGAGCAUGAACGAGAGGUGGCUAAAAAGUCACCCGAUUCUAAGGCAAUCAUUAAAGCAUCGGCCGAGAGGACAUCCAACCCUAGUACAUCUAGUCGAUUGGACAAAUGCCCUAGCUUGCUUGCAAAGAACAGGGAAGUUCGCAAAUUACUUUUAUCCAGGCAAGUUGUUUAUGUCUUAUAUUGUAAAGAAGUGAUUUUACUCUCUCGUGAGGCACUCGAUGCCUUACCUCCUGAAAUCUCUUCUUUGUUACAGGAAUUUGAGGACGUUUUUCCAGAUGAGAUCCCAAGCGGCUUACCACCACUCCGAGGGAUUGAGCACCAGAUCGACUUCAUCCCUAGAACAUUCUUGCCAAACAGACCGGCCUACAAGAUGGGCCCUGAGGAGACUAAAGAAAUCCAACGGCAAGUUGAUGAGCUAUUAGAGAGAGGUUGGGCUCGAGAGAGCAUGAGCCCAUGUGCAGUUUCGGUCAUUCUCGUCCCAAAGAAAGAGGGCACUUGGAGGAUGUGUGUAGACUGUCGCGCCGUCAACGCUAUCACAGUUUAG